AUGAAAUUUAACAUUGGAAGAUUUAACCGUCAGUUUGAUGCUCUCCGGCGUGAGAACUACGACCUACAUAUGGCUAAUGAACUACUACUCAUACAAAAUAGAAUUCUAGCGGAAAAGGUUCUGAAGGCUGAUGAUGAACUUGGCGAGGAAGAGAGUAAUACGUUGGACUCAUCCUACGUGGAACCGACUCUCAAUCAAGACGAUCGCAGGAGGGUAGAACUCCGCUUACGAGAACUGAAAGAGGAAAACGCCGAGCUAAGAGAACGAGCUUUCCAGCAGGGAAACUCCAUGGAUCAAGACCAACGCCAAUUACAAGAAUUGGCACAAAAACUCGUGGGGAUGGAAACGGACUGGGCGGCAACAGCAGAGGUAGCCAAAUCCAAGAUGGAGGAACUGGAGGAGAUGAGGAAGAAGGAUCAAAAACUCAUCGCCAGUCUCCAGGACGAGUUGCGUCAAUGCAAGGCCUCGUCUGACAUCACCAGGAGGAGAAUGUCUUUUCUCGAGGAGCAACUGGAAGAAGAGAAAAAGUCCAGGAAGGAUCUUGAGGAGUCAUAUACAACAAAAUUACAAAGUCAAGAAAGGAAGAUUGCCGAGGCAAAUGAGGUCGUGGAACAACUCAACGCUCAGAUCGUUCAGCUCAACCAGGAUAUUCACCUGAAGGACCAGGAGCUGUCGUCAAUGAAAGCGAGAGUCGAUGAGCUGGAGGAAGCCUACCGUGCCCUGGAGUCAGUGAAGAGGAAAUUGCAGGAAGAGAAUGACAAACUCAAGCAGGAGAAUUCAUUGCUCCAGAAAAGGGUAUGUCAUACCCCUUCUUUCUUCCUUCCACAGCCUCUUCGUGAACCCAAAAGCCCUUUCAACCUUACUCCUUCUCCUCCCCAUCUAAACCCUCAACCUUUCCCCCCAAACCCUCAACCUUUCCCUCCAAACCCUCAACCUUUCCCCCCAAACCCUCAACCUUUCCCCCCAAACCCUCAACCUUUCCCUCCCUACGAUAAAUCUAUCAAUUCAGACACUCCUCUUUCGUCUCACCUUUUACCCAAAAACCCUGAUCCUUUCCAUUUUAGAAAAAUGAUUCCCAACCACAAGAGAAAUGAGAGGCAGAAAAAGAAGGAUAAUAAUCAGUGGCAGGAAAUUGAGGAGAACAGAUAUCUGAGGGAGGCGAUCAGAGAUUUGAGGGAAGAGAGCAGGAAUAUGAGGGAGGAUAUCAGAGAUCUGAGGGAGGAGGGCAGGAAUAUGAGGGAAGAUAUCAGAGAUCUGAGGGAGGAGAGAAGGGAUCUGAGGGAGGAGAACAGGGAUCUGAAAGAGGAGAUCAGAGAUCUGAGGGAGGAGAUCAGAGAUCUGAGGAAGGAGAUCAGGUACAGGCAGAAUAUUGAAGACAUUCAGGAGAUGAUCAGGGACAUCUGCCUAACAAAUGAAAUUUUUCAACCCGAAAACCCUAUUCCUCCAAGUUCUCCCCCUGAGAUGCCAUUGAGCAAUUAUUCUGAGGCUAUAUCACUAGAAAGGAAUAAUAAGACGAUCAAAGAAUGCAAAGAGGCUUUUCCACCUACAGACGAAACCCUACCAGAGAUCACGAAGCAAUUUAUUGAAAAUUUAAGGUCUCUGGAAAUCCCUCUGGUCUGCAUAGAUGGUGUUUUCUCCCAAGGCCUCAGUUUAGCUGGUGAAGGUGUAUGCGCUAGAUGCUACAGAUACCAAUUUGCUGAUCUGGAUAAGCCUGUCAUCAUUAAAGUGUACAAGGAAUUAUUUGCUGCUACAAACGAAGUAUUGAAAGAGGCGACAAUGUUACAAAGAGUGGCAGACAUAGAUGGCACACCAUGCGUUCUAGCCGUGGCACCUAUGAAGCCCUAUGCUGUCAUCAUGGAGGAUGGAGGUAACAUUAGCUUCAAUGAUUGGAUGAUGACAGAGGCCAGACUGCCCAGGGAAGGACUUGAGAUGCUUAAAAAAGUCUCUGAGGUACUUGCACAGAUUCAUCUCAGACAAGUUGUUCACACGGAUUUGCAUGGAAACAACAUAGUCAUUGAUGAAGAAAGAAACCAACCAGCUAUUGUGGACUUUGGCACAGCAGCAGACUUGAGGUAUCAUAACCCAGAAUGUGAUGUGAAAAACCUAUAUAUGUUACUCGAAAGAUGCUCACGAAUUCUGAAAUUCCCCUCCCCUCUCAAAAAGGCAAUGCAUCAAGAAAAUACAACUGAUUUUGGAACUAAGACAUUAUCAAAAUUUGUCCACCAUUUGGAUGUGCUUCUCAACAUCCUAGAUCAAAACAAUCAAGGUCCAGAAAAGAAAAGUGAAAGAAACUGUGUUUACAUGGAACUAAAAGAAAGAGAUAAGGCCAUAGGUAACAAGGUAGCAAAUGCUCAUUUGAUACAGCUGGCUGUGGAAGCUGAGGAGAGAGAGAGCAAUUUAGAAGUAGGAAUAUCUGCACUUAAUACAACCUCAAUGCCCAAGAGUCAGAGAUCUGAAAUGUUUUGGAGGUCAUAG